AAAAACAAAACCGAAAUAAUCGCAUUCAAUACGCAUUCAAAAACACGCCAAAAAGUAGACUUUAGACCGGAACCAAACAAUAUCCAACAAUAACCACAAAACAACAAAGCGACACAUUUAGUAAAUCUGAUAACUGAUAAUUGCCAACUGCUGACAAGAACAAUAUGCAAACGAUAAUUAUAAAGCUUGUGCUGCUGCUGCAGUUAAUCAGCCGGCUGGGACGCUGCCAGGAGCAGCAACUGUUGCUGCCGAGCAUCGACAGCAAUGCAAACGUGCAGCAGCAACAGCAUCAACAUCAACAGCCGCACAGCAGCAACAUUAACCAUCAGCAGCACAGCAGCAACAAUCUCAGCCUGAACAGUACGCUGCUCAACACGCUGCUCAGCAGCACUGGCCAAUUGGGAGGUGUUGGUGUUGCAGGCGGUGCAGGUGCCUUGCCACUGCCCGGCGGUGGUGCUGCCGUCAAUCAGCUGGGAGGUAUCGCAGGCCUAGGCAGCAGCACAGCAGCAAGCGCUCCGGCAGCAAAUGGAAUUGGCAUGGGCCACGGAAUGGGCAUGGGAAUGGGCCAUGGCAUCGGACACCAUGGCCCUGGACAGGGAGGGCAUCCACAUGGGCAUGCGCUGGCUGGACUGGCCAAUCUCGGCAUUAUUGUGGGCAGCAAGGGCAUGCCAGGCAUGUCCGGAAUGUUGGGCAUGCAAGGCGGCAUGGGCGGCUAUGGAGGAGGAACUAUGCUUAAUGCUGGCGCCGCAGGAGGAGUUAUUGGAGCAGGCGCUGCGGCUGCUGGCGGUGGAGGCGGAGGAGGAGGCAUGGAUAUGCAGAGUCCAUACGAACACUUCAUUUCGGAGCACACAGUCAUGGCCGUUUUCACAUCGCAGGGUCAGGUGGGUGGUCCGUGCCGUUAUAUGCCCGCCACACGACGGCAGAAUCACCAGUGCCGCAAGGAGACCGGUUUGCCGGGUACGCUGAGCGAGGCGCGACGUUUGGCCACCACCCAUUGCGAGGAUCAGUUUCGCUAUGAUCGCUGGAACUGUUCAAUUGAGACGCGUGGCAAGCGCAACAUAUUCAAGAAGCUCUACAAGGAGACGGCAUUUGUGCAUGCCCUCACGGCGGCAGCGAUGACGCACUCAAUAGCCAGGGCCUGCGCCGAGGGGCGGAUGACCAAGUGCAGCUGCGGACCGCGCAAACAGAACCGGGUGGAUCAGGACUUUCAGUGGGGUGGCUGCAACGAUAAUCUGAAGCAUGGCAAGCGGGUAACGCGCAGCUUCCUGGAUUUGCGCGGCGGCGAUGGGGACGAGGUCACCGAAAUAUUGCGACACGACUCUGAGGUUGGCAUUGAGGCCGUCUCCACGCUGAUGAAGGACAAGUGCAAGUGCCACGGAGUCUCUGGCUCCUGUUCAAUGAAGACCUGCUGGAAGAAAAUGGCUGACUUCAAUGCCACGGCCACUCUGCUACGCCAGAAAUAUAACCAGGCCAUUCGCAAGGCCCCCAAUCAGCGGACCAUGCGCCAAGCACCGGCGAGUCGUAUGAAAAAACCAAAACAGCGACGCAAGAAACAGCAACAACAAUCGCAGUACACAACGUUGUAUUAUUUGGAGACCUCGCCCACCUACUGCUCGGUCACCAAGGAUCGCCAGUGUCUGCAUCCCGACAAUUGUGCGAAUCUAUGCUGUGGGCGUGGCUACACCACGCGGGUCUUCAAACAGGUGGAGAAGUGUCGAUGCCGAUUCAACAAUGGACGUUGCUGUCAGCUGAUCUGUGACUAUUGUCAGCGCUAUGAGGACAAAUAUUUUUGUAAAUAAGUAGGCGGGCCACACCAGUUUCCAUCACAAUCUAUCUAUCUAUCUGUCUGUCUGCUCCCACACUUCCUCUCUAUCCCUAUCUAAAUAUAUACAUAACUAUAUAACUCGCUCUCACACACAGCAUACACACAGAACGCUCUCUUUGUACUUUUUAAAUGUAAUUUGUAAAGUUUAUUGCUUGUAUUUUUUCCAUUCCUAACUUAUAAAACAAAACUUUGAUGAAAUGAUAAGCAAGACGAAAAUAAUGUGGCAAACGAUAGAAACGCUCAGAACGAAGGCUAAUAAUACUAAAGGCCAAUAAAAUCACAGAAAUACAAACAAACCCACACACACACACACACACGCACAUAAUCA